ACAAGGCAAGGACUGUACUGCUACGUUGGACAUAUGUUAUCAGCUGUCACCAUGGCAGAUAGGGAUGGAAGACUUUGAGGAGUCAGUACCACACCUCAGUCGACCAAUGGUACAAGUGUCCAUAGCACAAAUACCAAUCCCAGAGGUACCGUCACCAGAGGUAUUAAUGCCGCCAUCACCAACACAUGCGGUGCCGUCUCCAUUAGUAUUCCCACCAGGGAUACAAAUGGAACAAGAUGAGCCAACACAAGAUGCACCAUCGCCUCAGAUACCAGUACCACCACCACUACCACCAUCAUCACAGGUACCGUUAUUACAAGUGUCCAAACCACCGGCAUCACCAACACCACCAUCACCACAGGCGUCAGGGGUACCGUCAUCACAAGAACCAAAAUCAUCACCGACAGCGACGCUAGAGGUACCACCAGGAGAAAUACCGACACCAAUGAGAACAAAACCAUUUGAGCCCUUCACAAGGAAGUUCUUUGGAAUCCCUUACCAUUAUCCACCAAUGCUGAAGCUCAGUGAAAGUGACCUGACCAAUGCACGAAAAUGCCUUAAGAAAGUCUUUUUGGGUGACAACGAAGUAAGUUUCAAAUCCAAAAAUGUAGAGAAAAGCCUACCCACAAGGCAAAGAAAUAGUCGGCGGUUUUCUGAUGGGUCUGUGAAUGUCGAAUUUAAACAGAACUUCUACAAAGAACUUGACAAACGGCUUAAAGAAAUAAAAUUAGCGGAUGCCUAUACGCCAUUACCCGAGUGCAUCAACACGAAUAACGAUUUAGAUGUGUAUGCCGAUGUCAUUGAUGUCCAGAAAUGGAGGCCACACGAGCCAUGGUAUUUUCACUCAGUAGACAAGUCGAAAGAGGAACGGCUACUGCGUAAAAUCAGUCAGGAUGGAGCAUUCCUCGUUCGGGACAGCAGGAGUUACAAACCUGACCAGCCAUUCACGCUGACCGUCUUUUAUCAUAAUCGCCUGUUUUCCGUCAAGAUUCGUCAGCUGGCCUCAGGACAGUUUGUUUUAGGCGAAGAAAAACAUGAUCAAGUGAAAUUUGAAACUGUAGAGAAACUCAUCUCACACUACAGGAAAAGCACGCUGUUACUCCUUGGAAGAGGUGGCGGACGUAUUACACUGACCCAGUAUCCAUCCAGUUAUUAAUAUUCAUUGAACAACGCGUGUGUGUGUGUGUG